AUGUGUCGUUCUAUAUCUGCAGCAGAUAACGCAAGGGUUGGUGCCUAUGCCAUUACGUCAGCAAUAGCUAGUCUCAUAUCAAAGCUGUCGGAUUUUUCAUCCGAUGAUAUCUAUGACUUCCCUGAUCAGUAUAAAGUCAUCUUGAUAAUCAACGGAAUAGGUGCCCUUUGGUUACUAACCAGUGUUUACCACACCCUACGACCACGCCCAAAGAUCAUCCCGUUCUAUGUUCCCUAUGUUAUCUUCUACUUCCUUUGGUUUCUGGCCGAGCCCAUCUUUCUACUCGUCGCCUUCUAUCCAUUACCUCAACUAGACACACCUAACACCAAGAAUGGUGUUUACUGGACCCUCAGCGUCCUGGGUCAUGGUGCUUUCUUUCUUGUGAUCAGACCAAGAGGACUAGAGAAACGUUUCCCCUUCAGCAUGCCUGCCAAUAAGGUUCACAUGGAAACGCAAAGCGAAGUUGAUGACACGGGGAAAGAAACGGAGGAGGUGAUUUUUGUUUCUUAUAUUUAG